CCAUGGAAACGGGAGACUGGCGUUCUAGCUUUGGAGAGACGCCGCAUAGUUAGCUUGUUAGCUCGCGCUAAACCUGCGUUCAGAUAGGCUUCCUGAACACUGAAAAGAUCAAAUUUACUGCCUCUCUGCAAAGAUGAGCCGAACACACGACGCAAGAGCGAGGGACAACCAGACCAGAAAGAUCCAGGAGAACAUCACCAAUGUGGAGAAACAUUUCGGAGAGAUGUGCCAACUGUUUUCUGCCUAUGUCCGUAAAACAGCCAGACUACGAGACAAGUCGGAUGUCCUGGUUCGGGAAAUCGGCGUGUACGCAGACACAGAAACGCCCCACCUGAAGAGGGGCCUGAAGCAGUUUGCUGACCACCUGGCCAAGAUUCAAGACUACCGCCAAGCUGAGGUGGAAAGACUUGAAUCCAAAGUCAUAGAGCCAUUAAAAAGCUAUGGAGCUGUGGUGAAGCGUAAAAGGGAGGAUCUGAAGACGACUCAGAGUGCCAGAGACCGAGAAGCCAAACAGAUGGCUCAGCUUGAACGGACCAGACAGAGGAACCCCUCGGACAGGCAGAUCAUUUCUCAGGCGGAAAGUGAGCUCCAGAGAGCAACCAUGGACGCCACACGGACCACCAAGCAGCUGGAGGAGACCAUCGAUGAGUUUGAGAAGCAGAAGAUCCGAGACAUCAAGAAAAUCUUUGGUGAGUUUGUGACGGUGGAGAUGUCGUUCCACGCCAAGGCCUUGGAGGUGUAUACCUUGGCCUACCAGAGCAUUCAGAGUGUGGAUGAGGAGGAGGACCUGGAGGUGUUCAGGAGCUCGCUGCACCCCCCUGACUACCAGUCACGCUUAGACAUAGUGCGAGCUAAUUCCAAAACCUCCCUCGAUCGGACCGAGUCCUUCCUGAGUACAUCAGGGACCUUACAGCAACAAAGAGCCUCCAGUCGGCAGACAAGAAGAGAGGGGGAGGAAGAGGAUGACGAAGAGGAUGAAGAUGAAUCAGAGGAGGAAGACGAGGACACAGAUGAUGAACAUUAAUUUGUGCCUAAUUUUUUGUUUUUCAGUAUGGAGAAAAAAACGUAUAAAAUAAAGUAUAUUACUGUGUCAUUGCCAAAUUCACCACUCGGGUGGUCUGAGCAGUAUUGUAGUGCACGACUGUUGUAGCUGUGUGAUGCUUUGUAAGAGAACAUGUUGUCCUUUACUAAUAUUUGUCUCUGAUAUUUCAGCCAAUUAUUAUAUGUCUUAUAUAUUUUUAUAUAAAACAUUUUGAAGCACUACAUUCAUAUUGUACUGGAACUACCAAUGCAUUUUAUUGCACCACGUUAGUCAUCUUUAUGAAUAAAAUGUAAAAAGCCACAA